CCCGAUGUUCACAGGGGGGAGGGCGGAGCCUGCCUAGGGGAGCGUGGCACGUAAGGGAACACAAACUGCUAGAACCGAUCAGCUUUUCUCUCCACAGAUGGCGGAAGGCCCGGCGGUCAAUGAGACGCUAACACCAGACGAUGGCGCGGACGUGUUGGAGGGACUACUCCCGGCACAGACCAAGUCAUACGAGCUGGGGCUCAAGUUGAAACUGCCGCAACACGUAGAAGUCAUCCACUCCAAGGACAUUCCGGCUGACCAAUACCUUCCUAGAAUUCUGAUCGAGUUCCUACAGCAAGACCGAAAUGGUUUGGCUAGGAGAGUGGAAGCAGCUCAUUUCCCUGACACUACUUCAACACAUGACGUGGUACAGGCUGAGACUACUACUGACACAACAGAGUCAGCAGGCAACACUACUGCUGGUGAUGAUGAAGGAGUAAAAUCAAAGCCAUUCCCUCAACUGAACCCUGCGAAUGUUACGGCAGUGGAGACUGAAAUCAAAGGGCUUCACGAGAGGAGGACAACACCAAUAUGUAGAGAAACUGUGAAGACAAUUCUUCUUAGAUAGUUACGUAACA